AAAAAAAAAGGAAAAUCGCGAAUAAAUAUGAUUAUUUAACUGCACGUCUUAUAGAAAGCGAAUUAUGGAAUUUGGGAAAGCGAACUCAAAUAAUUUAACAAAACCUAGAUCCCUUUUCACUGUAUCUUCCAUAUCAAACGACAGCUUUACUUGGUCUCAUACUAUUGUCAGUUUAAAUAUGCACCGCCAACUACAAAUGCUUAGUAUCAUGGUCAGUCCUUUAUCCUUUCUACUUUAUUGACUUCCCAGUAAGCAUCUAAAAUCUGUGUGUUGCACAAAGCGGUUACACCACGGCUUUUGCAUAGAUUAUCUACUGGCUUAUAUUCAUUGAAACCUCGAUUAUAUUCAUCAGAGUAUAAUCUUCUCCGGCCCUCUUUAGUCAAGCGGUUAUGCAAUAGCUAAUCUACUAUUUGAAAAUACAGUUCUCUUUUCUACUUUUCUUUUGACUAUUAAACAGGUUUUUAUUUUUUAGGCUCCUUAGCCCCCCUUUCUUGCUCUGGACUAAGCAAUGUAGUACAAUGAUUUGCAUUUGAAAUUCAAGAUUCAUCAUCCACUUUUUGUAAAGUGAUUGCAAUUUUCAUAAAAACGAAUCCAAGAAGAUCAAUCUUAC